AACACAGAACCCUUAUGACUCAUUGAUAGGAAACAAUCCUUGGGCCUUGAUCAAGAAGAGCGUUCAUCAUAAAACCACUUCGGCGCGACGCAUUACGCCAUUUAAUUGUGGACCGUCCAAAGAGACACACGCUGCCCGUGUCGCGAUCUGUGUACAAACAAAAAUGAGUUCUAACACUUGCUCGCACGUUCUAAAUGUGCUGUACGCGGUCCUGGGACUGGCCCUCGCCUGUACAGCUCUGUGGUUCUUCGUGGAAGUGAAAGAGAUAACCAAUUUGCGAAACAGCAACCAUUACCUGUUGGACUACAAUCUCUAUUGGCCUCAAGUUAUACCGUGGUUGUUUAUUAUAGUCGGUGUCCUAGUUAUGUCAAUAUCUUGCUGCGGGUUCGUCGGCACCACGAAGAGGAAGUCUGGAAUGCUCAGAGUUCACAUUACCUUCAUCGGAAUAGCGAUAGUCGUGUCAAUAGCUGUUGCGGUGAUCGCUUUAGUGUUCGCGGACAGUAAAUCCUCGGAUAAUUUCAUCAAGGACACCAUUUGGGAUGCUUAUUUCCAAAUGAAAGAAGAUCACGACGUCGAGAGUGCUUUUGGAAGGAUCGAGAGGAGGCUACAGUGCUGCGGCGCCGAGGGUCCUCGCGAUUACGUCAAUUGGAAAACAGAUUUCCCACAGUCCUGCUGCGACGUGUACUAUCACGGUUGGUUAGAACCGUACUCGAUCAACUGCGAAAUAACGAACAAGCUUGCGAACGAACGUCACGGAUGUUCGACGGUAGCGUCCCAAUAUGCCAGGAUCAUCAUCAAAGUGCUGUCAGGUGUAACUGUAUUUAUAGCUUUAAUUAGUAUCAUCAUACUGUCAGUAACAAUUAAAAUUCUAAAGUCCUUAACACGACGACCUAGAGUAAUGCAGGCGCAACAUGAAUCUGAAAGCAAGAAGGUUUUAAUAUAGAGACACUAUGUUUGUGAUUGUGAAUCGAGCGUGUAAUAUCACCUAAUUAAGGUAUUGUGCUGUAAUGUGAUGGUUAUAAAGGUCAUAAUUGAAUGACAAGGCUCGAGUGAUGUACCAAUGUAUUUAUUUAUGGUAUUUGAUGUAUAGAUGGAGCGAGAGGUAACGACGUGGUAUUAUUAGUCAGUGAAUAAAAAUUGAAGUUUUCUCUUUCUUCUUACAGAAAAGUGACUAACUUCACACGGUUUACGUAAUGUUUAUAGACAAAGGGCUUUAGGGUCUCGCCAACCGACUGAUUUCUAUGCAGUAUUGCGUAAUUUGUUUUGUCAGAUGUGAGAAAAUGGUUAGGAAAUAUAAGUGGCGAUGUGUUUUUUGAAAGUCCAAAGCUCGCACUGAAUACGAAUAUAAGUUACGAAAGAGUCUUUAGCAUAUAGAAACGAUUAGAAUAAGUUAUUAAGUAUAAGUAGGCAUUAUAAACUGUUUCCUUUGGCUCGACAUUAAUUUAAUAUCAAAUUGUUUGUUCGAGACUGCAUUGAUUAAAGAAAAAAACCACAGAACUGUCAAAGUCAGGACAGUUUAAUUGGCGGGAAAACCCACAGAUUAAUUACUAUUUUAAUUUAAUAUCUUUGGAAACAAAACAUUGCAUUUGUAAGUUAUAAGUUACCCACCUUGUGUUUCUAUUUGUAAUUUACUACUGUCAGUGGAUUAUAUAUGUAUUAUAUUAUCACAUUAUUUGUAAGUUAUUGCUUACUGUUAUAAAUUAAUUCGUAUCUCAAAAAUCGAAGUUAGACCGAUUGUUGUGUGUAUAAUGUUAAACUUAUUUUACUUUAACUACCACACGUGGCUGUUUUUAUCUGUGGCACAUCUGUGGCAUCACAUUAAUAAUAAAUAUUAAAAAAAAAGUAUAUAAAUUGUAGAUGUUUAUAUAAAACAAAUUAUAUUAACCUUUAUUGAUUGUAUACUAAUUUGAGAUUUUGUUACAAAAAAUCCGACUUCAAUUGUAAUAAAAUUAGUAUAAAACCAAAACUUUUUCAACUCAGAUAAGCGUCAUCAUAAUCGGUCCAGUAAUGGUGAAGACAUAAAAAGUACAGUCGAAGGAAUUAUCAACGUCUUUUUCGAAGUCAAUAGAAAAUACGCCUGUCCGCACUAUUUGAAAUAUUGUACCUAUGUUUCUAUAUAUAAUAUUAGUAAAUAACUUAUUAAAAUGUGUUAAGAAAAAAACUUGUUGAACGAAUAAAUGUACAAACUUACAAA